AUGAAGUGGCCAGAGUUUAGAGUCCACUGCUACUCAGCAUUUAUUGUAAGAGUAGUAUUGAUAGUGUACGCCAACUUUCAUGACAAAUAUUUUCGCGUACCAUACACUGAUAUUGAUUAUAAAGUUUAUACAGACGCUGCGAGAUACAUAACAGCCGGAGAGUCGCCAUAUUUACGGCAUACGUAUCGCUACACACCAUUAUUGGCAGUAAUCCUUUCACCGAAUAUCUUUUUGCACAAUGAUUUCGGUAAAUUGUUAUUUUCAUUUACCGAUAUAAUCGCCGGCGUAUUGAUUAAAAUAAUUUUAUUUAAAGGUAAAUGCAAUAAUAGAAUCGGUGAAUUAUGCGCCCUUUCAUGGCUCUAUAACCCAAUGACGAUAGUCAUAUCAACGCGCGGUAAUGCUGAUUCAUUAUCAGUGCUUUUAGUUUUAUUAACUUUAUAUUAUUUAAUAAUAAAUAACGAUUAUUCAUUAGUGUCUGGUUUAAUUCACGGUUUAUCUGUGCAUUUUCGAUUGUACCCAAUAGUAUUCAGUUUAACAAUGUAUUUAUCAUUAACAGAUAAAUACAGCAUCCUUCCAAACAAAAAACAAUUUAAAUUUAUAACCGGUUUUACAUUAUCAUUAUCCAUGCUUACGUUAAUAAGUUAUUAUUUUUAUGGAUAUCAAUUUAUUUACCAAAGUAUGAUUUAUCAUUUAAUCCGUAAGGAUGCGCGUCAUAAUUUUUCACUCUAUUUCUACAUGUUGUAUUUAUCUAUUGGACAAACAAUUCAAGUUAUUGAAAAAAUAGUACGAGUAUUACCGCCGAUUUUACUGAUAAUCGGAUUAUCAUUUCGCUACUCUGAUAAAAAUAAAUUAGCUUUUGGAAUGAUGACCCAGGCCAUGGUUAUGGUUACUUAUAAUUCUGUUGUUACGUCUCAAUAUUUCUUCUGGUAUUUAUCUUUGCUGCCGAUCUGUGUACCCUAUAUCAAUAUCAGUUUAAUUAGGUACGCAAUGUUGGUUGGAAUUUGGCUAAUUGCUCAGGCGCUCUGGCUCAACGAUGCAUACUGUUUAGAGUUUUUAGGACUUAAUAAGUUUCAUUCUAUUUGGGUUGAUAGUAUAUUGUUUUUCUUUGUUAAUAUAAAAGUACUGUAUGACUUUAUUGUUAAUUACGACUGUAAAAUUUUGAAUAAAAUUAAUUAAAUUUAAA